AUGGCAUUGGACUACAAGCCAAAGCGCGUGGACUAUCGCGGCCUCCGGUCCGGCCACACAACGGAGUUCAUGAAUUUUCUCGUCCUCGACGGCUCAGACAUCACCUUACGCCACGCAAUUCUAUACGGAAUUACAUCGUUCGACAAACUUCACAAGACUCUCAAUGACGUGUGGUCACCGGAUGUCAAGAACAAUCAGUUACCAGGCGUACUAUCGGGGCUCGCAGGCCUGCGACCUAUUGUGAAUGUCGGUUCCGGCCUCAAAGACCUCGUCUACGUUCCAAUGCGCGAGUACAAGAAAGACGGUCGAAUCGUACGCAGUCUGGGGAAGGGUGUACAAGCAUUCGCUAUGAACACAACGUCAGGGGCAGCACGUUUGGGUGCGAAGAUGGCGAUCGGCGCGCAAACUGUGCUGGAAGGCACUGAGGAGUUUCUUAACCCACAGACUGACUCAUCGAGCCGCCAUCAAUCUCUCGACUGGGAUGGAGAAGAUCCUAGUUCCGAUACAGAAGAGCCACGCGCCGUAUCGAACUACGCCAACCAGCCGAUCGGUGUGGGCGCUGGUCUUCGCAGCGCGGUCAGACACUUCGAACGCGACUGGAACACUGCUCGUGACGCGGUGAUCGCGAUUCCUGCAAACGUCAUGGAAGAGGGUAGCGGUACGGGUGUCGCAAGGGCCUUGCGUCGAUAUGGACCGACUGUAAUCUUGCGACCUGCGCUCGGUACCACGAAACUGGUGAGCAAUACGUUACUAGGCGUAGGCAACGCGCUUGAUCCCGAAUCGAGGCGUAAGAUUGAAGACGUAAGUGAUGCUACUAUACUAGUGAUGUGA